AUGGCCGGACGUCGACCCUCCGAGACCAGUGCUCUUCUCAACGACCAUGGGAUUGAUGACUUCCGAAAGUCUAUUGAACAGAUCGACCAGAGAAUAUACGGCACGACUGAUGAGGAGGACUCUGCAAUUUUAAGAGGUCCCGAGCUUGAGACGACAUGGAAAACAGAAACCAAGCUUCUGGCUCGAUAUUCCGGUCCGCUGAUGUUGACUUACAUCUUGCAAUACUCUUUUAGCUUGGUCACAGUCUACGUUGCUGGACGUCUCGGGACCAAGGAAUUGGGAGCAGCCUCCCUAGCCACAAUGACAGCCAAUAUUACGGGACUGUGUGUCUAUGAGGGACUCGCAACCAGCCUUGACACCUUAACCUCGCAGGCAUUUGGGAACGACAAGAAACAUUUGGUUGGUCUCCAUGUUCAACGCAUGAGUCUUCUGGUUUGUGUAGUCACCAUUCCAAUCGGCGCCAUCUGGAUUUGUUCUCCUUGGAUCCUGUCAGCUAUCGUGCCCGAAAAAGACGAAGCUCUCCUGGCUGGUAAUUUCAUGCGCAUCUACUUGGCUGGUGCUCCUGCUUGGGCCAUAUUUGAAGCCGGAAAGCGCCUGUGCCAGGCCCAGGGUGAUUUUACCGCCUCCCUCGUGGUUGUCAUGGUCUGCGCUCCUCUGAACAUCCUUUGGAAUUGGCUCCUGGUCUUCCAUUUCAAUCUGGGCUUUGCGGGUGCCGCUUGGGCCGUGGUCAUCUCUAAUAACCUCCAACCGAUUGUCCUGGCCCUGUACGUCGCCUAUAUUGCCCCCUCCAACUUACAAUGUUGGCCAGGCUUGGAUCUGCGACGAGCAUGCCAGCACUGGGGUCCGAUGAUCAAAUUAGCCAUCCCCGGAGUCCUCAUGACCUUGUCGGAGUGGUUUGCCUUCGAUAUCCUCACGAUCGCUGCUGGUUAUCUGAGCGAACCGGACCUUGCAGCUCAGUCCGUGCUAAUGACGGUGGUUGUUACCAUGUAUCAUAUUCCGUUUCCUAUCUCCAUUGCAGCCUCGACAAGAUUCGGCAAUCUCAUUGGGUAUGGUGCUUUGGAAGCUGCGCGGAAGGCUUGGAAGACGCACUAUCUAAUCUUUCUGUGCAUUGGGAUAUUUGAUGUUAUCUUGUUGACGUCUUGCCGACACGUCAUCGCAGCUAUAUUCACCACGGAUGAGGCUGUGAGAGCAAUCAUCACAACCGUUAUGCCAAUAACUGCAGCGGCUCAACUUUUUGAUGCGCUCCUAGCGAUCUCAAAUGCUCUUUUGCGUGGCUUGGGGAGACAAAAAGUUGGGGGUUGGGUUAAUCUAGGAGUCUACUACCUAUUCGCACUUCCCUUGUCAUUCUCCUUGUGUUUCGGUCCGCCUCAGAUGGGCCUAAGCGGUAUGUGGAUCGGUCCAUGCACAGGACUCGGCUGCGCAACACUCAUCAUGGCCACGUACAUGCGGUUGACCGACUGGCAAAAAGCUGUCGAAGAUGCACGAGCACGGGAGGAGUAG